AUGGGAAUAAAAACCCCUUUAAUAAAUAGUUUUUGGUUAACGAGGAGUUUUGCAACUACAGUAGUAAAUAACCCACCAAAAGACGGACAAGGCAAUGAAAUGAAAAUUGAAAUAACUGAUCGGGCCGUUAAACAACUACUAUCUCUAAUGGCCCGCGACAAACAUGACAAUGAAGCAUUACGAAUAACUGUUGAUUCCGGUGGAUGUCAUGGAUUUCAAUAUUUCUAUGACCUAACGCCGGUGAACGCAUUAAAAGAAGAUGACGUAUUAUUUGAGAAUAAUGGUGCUAAGGUAGUCAUAGAUUCGCUUUCACUUGGACUGAUUAAAGGUUCAAAGAUAGAUUACACUGAAGAGUUAAUUGGAUCACAGUUCAAGGUUGUAGAUAAUCCACAAGCAGCGACCGGGUGUGGGUGA